AUGCAUGAAUCCACCCAUCCCCUCUCACGAUAUAUAUAACCCCGUCCUUUCCACUCUCUCAUCCCCACAGCUGCCCAAUUUCGAGAGAGAGGACGUUGAUCCAAAUCAAGUUAAGAACUUACCUAUAGCAACCCAUAGGGAAAUUAAAACAGAGAUUGAUCGAUGUCUCCUUCUCUCUCUGCCUCUCCUAUCUCCGCCGCCACCAUCAUAAACUCCAACUCCUUGCAGUUGCCGGCGACCAAAUCCCCACUUGUCCAACCUAUUACCAAAUGCACCGUGCUGCCGGAUCGGAAAUCGACUGAGUCCGACCUGAAGCUCUCUGUCUCCGACCUUCCCAUGCUUUCAUGCUACUAUAUCCAAAAAGGUCUCUUUUUUCCACCUCCUCACAUACCAAUCCACCGUCUUUUCUCCCUACUUACUCGAUCCCUUUCCCGCGCCCUCUCUUUCUUCCCCGGCCUUGCCGGCACACUCACUACCAAUCCUGACGACGGCCGCAUCUUCAUCUCCUGCAACGACGUCGGCGUCGAAUUCAUCCAUGCAGCCGCUCCAUCCCUCUCCCUUCAGCUGCUCCUUCGCCCGUCCCACGACGUCCCCAUGGAAGUUCAGUCCCUAUUCGCCCUCGACGGUGCCGUCAGCUACGAUGGCCAUUUCCGCCCCCUCGCCGCCUUUCAAUUCACUGAGCUCGGUGAUGGCGCCGUAUUCAUUGGCUGCACGGCCAACCACGCCGUCGUCGACGGCACUUCCUUUUGGAAUUUCUUCAACGCCUGGGCCGAACUCUGCCGCUCGCCUGCUACGACGACGAUCUCACGCCCGCCGGACUUGCGGCGCAACUUCUUCGGGGAUUCCACUGCUGUGAUCCUUUUUCCCGGCGGCGCUGGACCGGAGGUUACCUUCUCCGUAGGCGCGCCGCUUCGGGAGAGGAUUUUCAGCUUCACAAACGCGGCAGUUCGUGAGCUCAAAUCAAGGGCAAACCGCUGGGAACACGACAACGCGGAGCUUUACGGGAAGCGAAUCCACGACAAGAAACUUAUUGCGGAGGGGGAAGAAAUAUCUUCUUUCCAGUCUCUGUGCGCGCAAAUGUGGCGGUCGGUGACGCGGGCUAGAAAGCAUCUUCGGCCGGAGGCGCUUACGACAUUCCGAAUGGCAGUGAACUGUCGUCACAGGAUUUCUCCGCCGAUCGACAAGUUUUACUUCGGCAACGCGAUUCAGAGCCUCCCGACGACGGCGAAGGUGGGGGAUGUGGCGGAGAGCGAGCUAUGGUGGGCGGCUGAGCUGCUUCACCGGAACGUGGCGGCACACUGGGACGAGAAGAUAAGAAAAGGCGUGGCAGACUGGGAGGCGGCGCCGCGGUGCUUUCCGUUAGGAAACCCUGACGGCGCCGGCAUCACGAUGGGGAGUUCACCGCGAUUUCCAAUGUACGAAGGUAACGAUUUCGGAUGGGGAGGUCCGGUCGCGGUGAGAAGCGGCAAGGCUAAUAAAUUCGACGGCAAGUUUUCGGCUUUUCCUGGUAGGUAUGGCGGCGGAAGCGUCGACAUCGAGGUUUGUCUUGCUCCGGAAACGAUGGCGGCGCUUCUCGAGGAUGAGGAGUUCAUGUACUACGUGUCCACAGGAAAUGAGGGCGAAGCCGUUGACGCAAAAUGACAAACACCUUGAGGGCGGCCUCCGAAUUUUGGUUUACAUAAUUAUCUAAUUGACUCAGAUUGAAGGUGAUGCGGCGUUUGCUGCAGAGAGGAGGAAAUUAAAUGAUUAAUAAAAAAGGUGAGAGGAAUGAAGGCAUCUGGCAGCUGCCUACAGAUAAUUAGGAGUAAUAAGGAACAUAUUAUUUGCAAGCAGAUAUUUGGAUAUCGUUUUGGAUUUUAUGUAUUUUCACAAUAUCUUUUGAUUUAACUAAGUUAAGUUUAGCGGUUUAAGACUUUGGAUUUUUGUGUUUUGGCAAAGUAUGGUUCUCCGUUGUGUCUUGUGUAAUUUUGACGUCCGAAAGCAUUCGGCUUCAUGGUAUCAUAAAUUUUAAUUCUUUCCGAUUAAUUACAUAAA